UUCUCUCGGUCAGGACAGCGAUGCUUGCCCAUUGUGCCCAGCUCCUUGCCCUGUCGAGCCUGCUAUCGUUGCCUUCUUUGAUCGAAGCAUUUCUAGGUCCUGCACCCGGGGCCCGAUCGCCUUCAACAGGCCGAGACAGGACCCCAGCAGCAUCAUGUGUCGUCAUGUCUGACCAACAGCAGUCAACCUGCCGUAGCAGCCGAUUGCUCACAGACGCUCCCGCCACCCUGAUCAGUGAAGCAGGCCGAGAAGCAAGGGGUCGACCAGGUCAAGGGCUGGAAGACAUCGUUCCCCUGGUCGCAGCCUUAGAGGCAGCCUGCAAGGGGAUAUCGAUGCUGGUUCGGCGAGCAGCAAUAGCGGGAGCCACGGGUGUCGCUUCAGGAGGCGGCCAAAACGCGGGAGGAGAUGAGCAGAAAAAGUUGGACGUCGUUUCGAACGACCUCCUGAAGGGUUUCUUGGCGAGGUCGGGGGUCGUGCGAGUGCUGGCCAGUGAGGAGGAGGACGAGCCAGUAGUGGUGGAAGGCAACCACGACGCGAGAUAUGUAGUCGUGUUCGAUCCCUUAGAUGGUUCUUCGAAUAUCGACGCUUCAAUUCCUACCGGCACUAUAUUUGGGGUCUAUCUGGCGGACCCAAGCAAGAGCGCGCGGGAAAACGCUCUUCAGCCUGGCAACAAGCUGGUGGCCGGGGGUUAUUGUCUGUACUCGUCGUCCACGGUGAUGGUCAUCAGCCUCGGGGAAGGCACGCAUGUGUUCCAGCUCGACAGAGAUUUGGGCGAGUUCGUGCUCACGAAGCACAGCAUCAAGAUGCCGGCCAGAGGCCGAAGCUACUCGUUGAAUGAGGCGCGAGAACCGGACUGGCCGGAUGGGCUGAAGCAGUACAUCUCGGACAUGAAGACGGGCGCCGGGCAGAGCGGGGAGAGGUACGACCUGGUGUACGUGUGCUCUCUCGUCGCCGACGUCCACUACACGCUGUUCGAGGGAGGGGUCGCCAUGAACCCAAGGAGCCAUCUUCGGCUCGUUUACGAAGGGAACCCGAUGGGUUGGGUGGUCGAACAGGCCGGAGGACGGGCUUCCACCGGCGCCGCAGCGAUGCUGGACAAAGAGCCUUCUGAUAUUCACGAGCGAAUCCCGACGUUCUUGGGGUCGGAGGAGGACAUCCUGGAGCUCGAGAGCUACGGUGAUGUUCAGCAGCUUGGGAACAAAAAAUACGCCGCCUGA